AUGGCAGCAUCGGCGUCCUCUUGGAAGGAGGCAGAGGAGAGCGUUCUCUCAUGCACGGCGCAGAUCAUGAACCAGGCGGUGGACCUCCUGCGAUCCAGAACCAUCACCGACUCAUCCUACACGUUCGAAAGCAAGGUCAUCGCCGGCUCAACACCGGGCAAGCACUUUCGACACGUGCUCGACCAUCUCCGAAUCCUCACAGAUGCCAUCGCUGACUGGCAGCAUCGCUUUCAAACAGACUCGAGGGCGGUGUUGCGUGUCGACUACGAUUCGCGCAUCGCAUCCAAGCUGGUCGACAUGGAGACUUCGGUCUCGACAUCACUGCGCGAGUUUGAACGCACCACCGAUCGACUGUACCGAAUCUUUGAAGGUUCGAAUGGUCGACUGUACAACCAGUCGCUGCGGCUGUGCGCGACGACGCCAUUUGUCGUCGAGAUGGACAGCACUGUAGGUAGGGAGCUGUGGUUCUGCGGUCUUCACGCGAUCCACCACUACGCGCUUGCCAGAGUGAUCCUGGUGAAGGAGUUGGCGUUGAAGGGCAUCAAUGACCAGUUCGGCGUCGCGCCGAGCACUCUGGUACAUCGAGAGUGGCGCAAGGAGUCGAAUCGAGCCGAUGUCGCGCACGAUGCGCUUUCACAAGGUCGCAAUGAUGAGCUUCCGGCCACGGGUGGCGGUAGCACUUCUGCUCGUCAAAUUAGCAGUGCUUCGGGAAGGCGCUCGCGCUCGAGCGAACAGUCCGUGCCGCAUUCCCGGCAUCUCCACUCUCGCCGUCACCAGCAACUCAAGUCGAAGCUGUAG